UUUUUUUCGGCAAAUGACUCACAAGGUACCAAAAAUCAAGUUUAAGUAUUGUCAUUUUAGCAUAAUUCGGAGUAUAUCGUGUGGGAUCGCGCAUCAGAACUCAAAAUACCUGUUUUGCAGCAUCCGAUAUACUAUCAUCGAUAUAUUUUUCUUCUAUAUACUGUGAAACAUGUUCAAGUCCAGACUGUCCAGUUUAUUUUUCCUGCUCUGCCUCAUAGGGGUUGCCAGAGGUGGCUAUUCAGGAAGUGACUCAAAUGUUGUUGGUGAUUCGUUGAGCGCAGGAAAUGGUUACGGUGGAGUUGCGCCUCCAAAUUUUCCCCCUGUCCCCCAAUUCGACUUUUCUGGAUUUUACAAAAGUCUGGACUCAUUAAGAAAAUACCACGAGCAAUUUUUAAAUAAUGGUGUCGGUGGGAACUCUUACUCUCAAGCUGCUUCAACUCCAAAUGCACAAGCUCAGGCACAAUCAUCUUUAACUUUUCUAAAUGAUGGCUUGCAAAAAAAUAUUAUAAAGGCUCAUAAUGCUGCCGCACCUAAUAUACCCCCAAUAAAUGGUUUCCCCAGUGGAGGAGGUUUCCCCAAUAAACAACUGGUAGAUAGUUAUGGAAACCCAAUCAAAACCGAUAAUGGAGCAUUUGCUAGUGCCUUUAUUGGUCCAAACGGCGUACAUCAAACCGCUCAAGUAUUUCCAGAAAAUCCUGCUUUUCCAAAUAUAAACACACGAUUUGGUGGUGUCAAUCCAGGAAAUGAAAACUAUCAUUACAGUGUUGCAACAUCCAGCUCAAGUCAUACAAGAAAUAUAAAUGGCAAACAAGAAUCUGCGCAGGAAGCCCAGACUACCAUUAACGAUAAUGGAAAAAUUACAACGUACACCGCUAAAAACCCUUAAGUGGUUUUAAUGUUUUAUGAUAAAUAAAAUGGGCGAAUAAAAAAUAUUAACUAUUA